AAGGACAUACCCCUUUGUGCCUAGCACAUCCUGGACCACAGCAUGCAUUUAAUACAUGUGUUGAAUCAUCAUGAAGCUGGGAGGCUUCCUUCUCCUGCUGACCCUCAUCACCCUCAGCCUGGAAGUGCAGGAGCUUCAGGCUGCCGUGAGACCCCUGCAACUUUUGGGUACCUGCAUGGAGCUCUGCACUGGUGACUGGGACUGUGGACCAGGAGAGCAAUGUGUCAGCAAUGGCUGUGGCCAUGUCUGUGACACAGACUAAGGACAGUUUCUACCUGCAAAGAUGUCACUGGAACUCCUUGCCUGAGAAGACAGAUGAAAGUGGAAGCAUGGAUAUGGAGACUACAUGGAG